UCAAUAUCUCCUGUCCAUUCCACAUCGUGUUACUUUUUUUUGGCAAGAUUCAGAAUAAAUAUUUCAAAUCCCCCAGUUUUGACGGGAUGAAUGAUGGUUUUUAAACGGCGGUGGAAUUCGUCACUUGACAAACUUUCCAGCCAGCAUUUAGUCUGCGAAAGAUUUAUCACUCUCAGGGUAGUUAAAUAGCGGCACCUGCCCGCUCGCCGGUGCAGCAUUUCUCUGGCGUGCACACUGUUUCUGCAGCACUGCCCGGGACACUUCACAACUUUUCCUCGCAAAGAGGGAAGUGAUUGGGAUUGGGCACCAAGUGGAGGGGAUCACCUCACUUGUAGGCUGAGGGCGGGAUCCGCCCUCUCUCCCUCCACCCCUGAUCGAUCCGCCGCGCAGGGAGUUGAGGGCGGGCUGCCUGCUGGUGGGAGAGAGAGAGAGGGAGAGAGUGUGUGUGGUUUUAGCGCCAGGAGCUGGCGGGGACGGGACGAGGCGAAGGUCCCAGCAGCGGAUCCGGAGAUGCCCGCAACUUUCACUGGGACCCGCAGCCACCAACUCCCCUCAGCUCCCCUCAGCCCAUGGCGACCAUCGACUUCUCGGAGGUGGAAGCUUUCCUGGACCGGCACCCCGACCUCUUCGAGGAUUACCUGCUGAGGAAGGGCAAACGCGAGUCGGUCAGCAAGUGGCUGAAAGCUCACAAGGGGGUGAGGCAGGCGGGAGCCGGGCCACCCGACGCCCGGGUUGAUGCCACCCUCCGCCGUUCGUGCCAGAAGGAGCUGAGGAGGAGUUUCGCCCGCUCCCGGGCCAUGACCUGCCACCACACCUACGACGAGCUGGUGUUCCUGCGGGCUGCCGAGCGGGCCCCCAGCCCCGGGCGGCGGGCGCUGCUGCGGAAGGCCAGCUCGCUGCCGCCCACCCCCGCACACCUGCUCAGCGCCCUGCUGGAGUCUAGGGUCAGCGCCCCCCAGCACGCCUCGGCCGCCAGCCACCACAAGCGCUCGCUCAAGGAGGCCGACGAGCGGGGCUUCUUCCUGGAGCUGGUCAAGGACAUCUCCAACGAACUGGACCUGACCAGCCUCAGCUACAAGAUCCUCAUCAACCUGUGCAUCAUGGUGGACGCCGACCGUUGCUCCCUCUUCCUGGUCGAGGGGCCACCCCACAAGAAGAGGCUGGUCUCCAAGCUUUUCGACGUGCAUUCGGGGACCACGGUGGUGCCCUCGUCCAGCAUGGAGAACUCCAACGAGGUGCAGGUGCCCUGGGGCAAAGGAAUCAUUGGCUAUGUGGCUGAACACGGGGAGACGAUCAACAUGCCCGAUGCCUACGAGGAUCACCGGUUCAACGAUGAAAUUGACAAGCUGGCAGGUUAUAAGACGAAAUCCAUUCUGUGCAUGCCAAUUCAGAACUGUGAUGGGGAGAUUAUCGGGGUAGCACAAGCCAUCAACAAAAAUCCCUCUGGAGUACCAUUCACUGAAGAUGAUGAGAAAGUACUCCAGAUGUACUUGCCCUUCUGUGGAAUAUCUAUAUCAAAUGCCAAACUCUUUGCAGCAUCUCGCAAGGAAUAUGACAGAAGCAGGGCAUUACUGAAGGUUGUCAACGACUUGUUUGAAGAGCAAACAGAGUUGGAGAAGGUUGUCAGGAAAAUCAUGCAGCGAGCUCUGACCCUACUGCAAUGUGAACGAUGCUCUGUCCUCCUGCUGGAAGAUAUUGAGUCUCCCGUGGUGAAGUUUUCAAAGACUUUUGAACUGAUGUCUCCACUCUGUUGUGCAGAGAGUGAUAUCAGCAUGGAGAAAUUAUCCUGCUCUAGUUGGUUGAUAAACAACAGCAUUGCAGAGCUGGUUGCAUCAACGGGCCUUCCAGUGAAUAUCAGUGACGCCUAUCAGGACCCUCGCUUUGACACUGAGGCAGACCAGAUGUCUGGUUUUCACAUUCGCUCAGUGUUGUGUGUUCCCAUCUGGAAUAGUAAUCAUCAAAUCAUUGGAGUUGCUCAAAUACUUAACAGGUUGGAUAGGAAAACAUUUGAUGAUGCCGAUCAGAGAUUAUUUGAGGCCUUUGUCAUUUUCUGUGGUCUUGGCAUCAACAAUACAAUAAUGUACAAUGAAGUGAAGAAAUCCUGGGCUAAGCAAUCGGUGGCUCUUGAUUUGCUGUCCUACCAUGCAACAUGCUCAAAAGUAGAGGUUGAUCGACUGAAGGCUGCCAAACUUCCUACAGUGAGUGAGCUUGGAAUUGCUCAUUUUUCCUUCAAUGAUUUUUCCCUCGACAGCGAUGGAAUGAUCACAGCCUCGCUGAGAAUGUUCAUGGAGCUGGGAAUUGUGCAGAAAUUCAAAGUAGAUUAUGAGGUUCUGUGUCGCUGGCUGCUUACUGUGAGAAAAAAUUACCGUGCAGUUCCAUACCACAACUGGCGUCAUGCAUUUAAUGUUGCUCAAUGCAUGUUUGCAAUGAUUACAACUGCUGGUUUUCGGGAAAUUCUGACUGAUAUUGAAAUUUUAGCCUUGAUGGUGGGUUGCCUUUGCCAUGAUCUUGAUCACAGAGGAACAAACAACGCUUUUCAGGCAAAGAGUGGAUCUGCUUUAGCACAGCUGUAUGGGACAUCUGCCACUUUGGAACACCAUCAUUUCAACCAUGCUGUGAUGAUACUGCAGAGUGAGGGACACAACAUUUUUGCCAACCUUUCCUCCAAAGACUACAGUGAUUUGAUGCAGUUGCUGAAACAAGCUAUCCUGUCCACUGACCUCAUGCUGUAUUUUGAGUCGCGCUCUAAAUUCUUCGAGUAUGUCAUGUCUGGGGAACAUAACUGGUGUCUUGAGAAGCACAGACAAAUGUUGAGGUCUAUGCUAAUGACAGCCUGUGAUUUAGGAGCAGUUACCAAGCCUUGGGAGAUCUCUAAGCAGGUGGCUGAAUUGGUAACUAGUGAGUUCUUCGAGCAAGGGGACAGGGAGAGAGCUGAGCUGAAGCUGACACCAGCUGCUAUCUUUGACCGAAACAGGAAGGACGAGUUGCCAGGCCUUCAGCUGGAAUGGAUUGAUGGGAUUUGCAAGCCAUUGUUUGAGGCUUUGGCUGAACUGAAUGGAAGGAUUCAGCCCUUGGUGAAUGGAAUUAAUGCAAAUAGGACUAAGUGGGAGGAGCUUUAUACAAUGUACCGCCAGUCCCGUGGUGUCGCAGAUGCCGCUGAUCACACGCUGAAGAGUGAAGUAAUCAACUAGUGCAAUUCAGACCUUAACAUGUUUCUGGCCUGACCUUACACUACAUUAGGCAGUUUGACCCUCUGGCAGAUGGAAUGUUAAUGACAUUGAUGCAAAUGCUGUGAAUCAUCGAUAUUACUUUGGCUGCAGAAUGAACCUUCAGCAAUAUUACCAUAAAUCCCAUCUGCGUAGCUACUGAAGAAAAGAUGCAAAAUCAUUUUGCCCUCUGAUCAAAUCUUGGCUAUUGAAUGGAGAUCAACACUGCAGAUAUUCAACAAGAAAAUCAGCAAUCACCAGUCAUGGACCAUUUCACAUGUAUCCCAUCAUGCACCACUAUGUUUGCUACCUAAGAGCAUCCAGUAAUUACUGUGGUGAUUAAAAUCAUAAUCUGCCAUCUGCUACAGAAACAUUCUUUCGGUGCUUCAAAAGAAAUCUGCUACUGGUUGGACAGCUUUAUUAAAGUGAAUUCUAGUUAAAUCUGUUGGCAGCAGGGUACGCUGUCAGACUGACAAUGGCUUAUUGAUGUUCAAGGCAAGAUGCUCUUCUGACAAGUAACUGCUCUCAGAACUCAGCAUUCUGGGAUAGAUCCAAGGGACUCCAUUUAAAAUGUCAUUCCAGAAACAUUUUUGAAUAUCAAUUGAGGCAUCAAUUUCUCAUCAGUUUUCUGCGGCAUCGAUCAUCUGUCUGAAUCAGUCUUUUAAUAGAAGGGUUAAUGCUGCAUCCUUAGGUCAGAGUGGAUACAAUGUGGUUUCCAAAUUUAGCUACCGCCAGUUUUACAGAUUAUACUGAAUGAUGUUGUCACAUGAUCUGUAACCAGUCCUUGCACUUCCCGUUGUUGGGGAGGUGUCAUUUUCAUCAUCUUAAGCCAUGGAUGACUGAUCAAAAUCUAUGUUAAUUUAGUAGGACUAGAAGAUGGGAUAUGUAACUGACUUAGUUUAAGGACCACAAUGUUUUCAGACAGUAAUAUCAGAUAUUUAAAGCACACCUACUGCUCCUCCAAUGAUCAAUGAGUGAAGACAGUGCUUUGUUUGCGAGUGAGCCUGUCACAAGAAGAUGAAGUGUUCUGUUUGAAUUAAGAUAAUCUCGUGGGUCAACAUUAGCACAUCAGCAGAACUAAAAUAAUUGAUCUCAGUACUUAUGGACAAAUGAGACAGAAAAUCAUGCAACUGUGGUUUAGCAAUAGCUGAAAGAAAGCAAUAUGUAUACUUGAGGUAUGUAUAGUAUCAAAUUCACCUGUAACAUCCGGUAAAUUAAACAGGGGUUGUCACUUGCAUACUGAAUUGGAAUGCGGGUUAAAUAAUGGAGAUACCCAAGGGAAGGCCCACAGCAUGAAGCACUAAUUAUUGAAGAGAGAAAAACUGAUGAGAAAAGUAAAUAUAUUUUGUAACUGAGCUGUAUUAGGUGAGAAUAAGAAUUCUCUUAAUAUAUUGACUUUAAGAUUAUUGAAUCAUCUUAGAAAUAUUAAAGAGAAAGAAAGAUCACAAGACAAGGGAGCAGAAGUAGGCCAUUUGGCCCAUUGAGUCUGCUCCAAGGAAAAGGGAAAAAAGAAAAAGAAAUGAGAAAUUGGGGGGGGGGGGGGGGCAGGUGAAAAAAAACACACUAUUCUAACCCCAAUUUCUGGCCUUAUCCCCAAAGAUGAAUUUAUAUUGUGCAUACACAAUCUCAAGACAUUUCAGUGCUUUACAACCAAUGAGAUACUGUUAACAUGUAGUCACUGUUGUUAAAUAGGUAAUUGUAACGAAAUAGAGCAUGAUGUUUGCCUGCUUUUGCACUGAGUAUUAAAGGUGCAAUCCUUCUAUCACAUACCUACAAGCACUGGGACUUUAACAUAGUCUCCAAACCACAUUCUCCGUCAAUGCAGCCUCCCUACUGGGAGUAUGGGAUAGAAGGAUUAGGAUUAACCUUAAAUAAAUGCUUACUUUUGGAGAUCUGCCAACGUCACUUAAAUUAUGCUGUUACUUUUAGUUAAUAGUUAAACAUAAGCAACGGCCAAGCUCAGCCGAUCAUGCCCUGAUCCUGGAGGUGUAAGGUGAAAGGGGCAAGUUCCACUCUAAGACUUGAGGGCGUUAUCUGAGCAGCCACUUCAUCACAGUGUUGGAAGGAGUGCUGCACUGGUGAAGAUCAUAUCUAAGAGUCUUUUAAAUGUCCCUAUUGUAUCAGCCUCUAUCACCACCUCUGGCAGUGCGUUCCAGGCACACACCACUCUCUGUGUAAAAAAACCUACCUCUGAUAUCUUCCCUAAACUUUCCUCCUCUGACCUUAAACGGGUGUCCUCUGGUAUUCGCCAUUGCUACCCUGGGCAAAAGGCGCUGGCUGUCCACUCUAUCUGUGCCCCUCAUAAUCUUAUACACCUCUAUCAAGUCGCCUCUCAUCCUGCGUUGCUCCAAGAGAAAAGCCCGAGCUCACUCAACCUUUCCUCAUAAGACGUGUUCUCUAAUCCAGGCGGCAUCCUGGUAAAUCUCCUCUGCACCCUCUCCAAAGCUUCCACAUCCUUACAAUGAGGUGACCAGAAAUGAACACAAUACUCUGAGUGUGGUCUAACAAGAGUUUUAUAGAGCUGCAACAUUACCUCGUGGCUCUUGAACUCAAUCCCCCGACUAAUGAAGGCCAGCACACCAUAUGCCUUCUUAACCACACCAUCAGCUUGCGUGGCAACUUUGAGGGAUCUACGUACUUGGACCCCAAGAUCCCUCUGUUCCUCCACACUGCUGAAAAUCUUGCCAUUAACCUUGUACUACACCUUCAAGUUCUUUCUUCCAAAGUGUACCACUUCACAAUUUUCCGGAUUGAACUCCAUCUGCCACUUCUCCACCCAACUCUGCAUCCUAUCAGUGACCUGUUGUAACCUACAGCAACCUUCUGCACUAUCUACAACACCUCCAACCUUCGUGUCAUCUGCAAGCUUACUAACCCAUGCCUCCACUUCCUCAUCCAAGUCAGUUAUAAAAAUCACGAAGAGUAGGGGGUCUCAGAAUAGAUCCCUGCAGAAUACCACUAGUCACUGACCUCCAGGCAGAAUACUCUCCAUCUACAACCACCCUCUGCCUUCUGUGGACAAGCCAAUUCUGAAUCCAUUCAGCCAAGUCUCCAUGGAUCCAUGCCUCAUGGCCUACCAUGGGGAACCUUGUCAAAUGCCUCACUAAAGUCCAUAUUCACCACAUCCACCACUCUACCUUCAUCAAUUUAUUUUGUCACCUCCUUGAAAAGCUCAAUUAGACUCAUGAGACAUAACCUGCCCCUCACAAAGCCAUACUGACUAUCCCUAAUAAGACUAUGCUUGCCCACCACUGACGUAAGACUCACUGGUCUAUAAUUCCCAGGAUUAUCCCUAUUGCCUUUCUUGAACAAGUGAACAACGUUAGCCAUCCUCCAAUCCUCUGGUACCACUCCUAUGGCCAGGGAGGAAGCAAAUAUCAUCAUCAACGCCCCAGCAAUCUCUUCCCUUGCCUCCCAUAGUAACCUGGUGUAUAUCCCAUCCGGUCCAGAAGACUUAUCUACCCUAAUGUUUUUCAGAAGCUCCAACACUACCUCUUUCUUAACCUCAACGUGCUCCAGCACGUUAGCCUGUUCUAUGCUGACCUCACAAUCGUCAAAGUCUCCCUAGUGAACACUGAAGCAAAAUAUUCUUUAAGGACCUCCCCUGCCUCCUCCACCUCCAGGCACAUUUUUCCCCCUUUAUCUCUGAGCGGUCCUACCCUCACUCUAGUCAUCCUCCUGUUCUUUACGUAUGUGUAGAAUGCCUUGAGGUUUUCCUUAAUUCUACCUGCUAAGGCCCUCUCAUGUCCCUUUACAGCUCUCCUAAGUCCCUUCUUAAGAUCCUUCCUGGUUACCUUAUAAUUCUCCAGAGCCCUGCCUUAUUUUUGCUUCAUAAACCUUAAGUAUGCUUCCUUCUUCCUCUUGACUAAAUAUUCCACCUCUCUUGUCAACCAUGGCUCCUUUACCCUGCCAUCCUUUCCCUGUCUCAGUGGGACAAACCUAUCCAGAACUCCAUGCAAGUGUUCCUUAAACAGCCUCCACAUUUCUUCUGUGCAUUUUCCUGAGAACGUCUGUUCCCAAUUUAUGCUCCCAAUUUCCUGCCUAAUACUGUUGUAAUUAGCCUUCACCAAUUAAAAAUUUUCCCAUAUUGUCUGCUGCUAUCCGUGUCCAUGGCUACGCUAAAGGUCAGGGAGUUGCGGUCACUAUCCAUGAAAUGCACGCCCACCGAGAGGUCUGUCACCUGACCAGAUUCAUUGCCUAGUACUAGAUCCAGUAUGGCCUCUCCUGUAGUCGGCCUAUCCACAUACUGUGUCAGGAAUCCUUCCUGAACACACCUAACAAAUUCUGCCCCAUCUAAACCUUUUGCACUAAGGAGGUGCCAAUCAAUAUUAGGGAAGUUGAAGUCUCCCAUGACAACAACCCUGUUAUUUUUGCACCUUUCCAAACUCUGCCUACUUAUCUGUUCCUCAGUGUCCCAGUGGCUACUGGGGCCUGUAGAAUACUUCCAAUAGAGUGAUCACUCCCUUCCUGUUUCUGACUUCCACCCACACUGACUCAGUAGAUGGUCCCUCCACGAUGUCCUCCCUUUCUGCAGCUGUGAUACUGUCCCUGAUUAGCAAUGCCACUCCCCCACCAUUUUUACCUCUCUCUCUGUCCCUUUUGAAACAUUUGAACCCUGGAAUAUCAAGCAGCCAAUCCUACCCUUGAGACACCCAAGCCUCUGUAAUGGCCACAACAGCAUAAUUCCACGAACUGAUCUAUGCUCUAAGUUCAUCACCCUUAUUCUUAGUACUUCUCGCAUUAAAGUAAACACAUUUCAACCCAUCCAACUGACAGCGUUUAUGAACUACCUACUGUCUAUCCUUCCUCACAGUCUCUCUACACAAUGCAUCUACUUUUACACCAACUGCUCCAUCAUCUGACCUAACACUCUGGCUCCCAUCCCCCUGCCAACCUAGUUUAAACCCUCUCCAACAGCUCUAGCAAACCUGCCCGCAAGGACAUUGGUCUCUCUCAAGUUCAGGUGUAACCCAACCCUUUUGUACAGGUCAUACCUUCCCCAGAGAGAUCCCAGUGAUCCACAAAUCUGAAACCCUGCCUCCUGCACCAACUCUUCAGCUACGCAUUCAUCUGCCAUAUCAUGCUAUUCAGUGGACAUUAAAUUUAACUCAUUUGUUAAAUUUCUUAGAUUCACUAAAAGUAUUAUAUGGUACUGAAAGAAAAGGAACAUUUCAUACUGUUGGUACAUUAUUGGCUGUAAUUGUAAAGAAAAAUCAAAGGAUUCAUGCAAAAAAGGAACAAAAUGCACAGCAAAACCCUUGACAAUAGUGCCUACACACCGUAACCAUGCUAUUUUUGGGAAUUCCCUGGAAAAUAGCUGGGCAACCAGAACUGAGGUGUGUAGCAUGAGCCAAUCAUUUUCACAUUCAAUAUACGUUCCUUUUGGCUUAUGAGAUAGCUAUAAAGCAAUUUUUAAUUGGGUCUAUAGAAUGGCCUGACGUAAUGACUGUAAAUCUUGGAUUAAAUACCUUAAGGGGUGCUUGAUCAAAUAAAAAAACUGCUAUGAUUGAUAUAACUGACUACCAAGAUGCACUGAGGAAAACAUACAUUAACAAUUAUGCACGUAAUUUUGGAACGCAGCUGUUAACAAGAAGAGGUGAAGUACCACAACAUAAAAACAUUACAGGAUCAUAAAUUGGAGCAAGGGCCACUUUUAAGAGCAUGUGCUUCAAAAUAAACUUGCAAGUUUCUGACAGAUUAAAAUGGUAACUACAAAACUAUUUAAAAGGAAUCAAAAUAAGAAAAAUAUUUUUCUUCUCGUUUUAUUCAAGUAAGGAAUGUUAACAAUUUUGCUGAUUGUAUGUUAUUGUGCAUGCCUCAAUCCUUUUAACAAUCUUGACGGAACAUUUUAUACUGCCUGUAUUUGCACUGUAAUUUCAAAUAUUGCUUGUCCUGUACUCUACAGCAUGAAAUUGGUUGCAACUACAUUUUGGACUAUUUAUUUAGACAUGUUUAAUUUGGACAAGUCAGUCAUAGAUUCAGUUCCUUGUUCAUGUAGCUGUUGAAUUAACAUUUAAUGAGACUUUGAUUAAUUGUUUUCAUGCUGGAGUAUUGCUUCACAGGGCAUUUGUUUCCUCUACAUGUAUAUUUACAUUUAUCUAAUUCCCCGUGGUCCAGUAGAAUAAAAAA